GCUCUCGUUGGCAGCCAGCCGGGGAAGAUUGUGGAAAAAAUGAGCGCCCAAAAUAGAAAAAUUGCUGCUCUCCAGUGCGAGGAUGUCAAACAAAUGAUUAAAGAGAAAAAAUAAAACCCCAACACAACAUGAUUGAGAAAAAAAGGGCAAAGGAGAGGAAAAGGAUGCAAGCUUAUGAAUGAUUGAGGCCCCACCCCUCUCUUUCAACUCCUCAGACCCAAGCCCUGCCCAGGGUAAAAUACAAGAGAGACCGGAGGCUGACAGGCAGAGAGAGAGAGAGGGACUUCACAGGAACCAGCAAGGACGAUCCCCGGCUCUCCUUCCCUGCGGCACGAACACACAGGCACACUCACGCACGCUGCAACUGCAAGCACACUCAUUCACAAUUACUGGCAGGGCAGCCUCGUUCUCUCUGUUCCGCCUGAGCAAGUGGAGAAAGGCACAGAGGGCAGACCUGCAAGGUGCACAGCGGGGAAGAAGGAGGAGAGAGUACUGAGGCAGUCCCGAGGGGAGACCGUCCCGGUGGCAGGAGGGAAGAGCUGAAGGAGGGAGCUGGGACGAAGGAGGACAGUCAAAAGGGAGAAAGACCAGGCACAGAGCAGGGAAGAAGAGCUUUCACGGAUCCCAAAGUUUCGGCAAUGGAAUUACAAAGGACAUAACUUCCAGGAACCGGCAAACCAGAGGCCAAACAGAAAGGGAGCGAUAGAGAAACGUUAACCAGUGAUUUGCCGCAGAGCAAUAUUAACCAAGAGGUGUGCCGGGUCCGGGGUGGGCUGGGGGGGCUUUGCUGCAGCUGAGGGUGGGAGCCCAGUUCCUCUUCCCCCUCCAUGGCUCUGUAGAGCUCAGCUCAGGCGAGCGUGCCCCUGCCACCCUCGGGCUCGUGUUCAGUGGCCCCAGCCGGGCCAGCAGCAGCAUGCCCUGUGUGAGUGUCAGGGGCUCCCUGGGCGUGUGACCCACCAUGUCCAAAUGGAUGACACCCGCUGCCGGUCUCUCUCCCACCUUGGCCACCUCCUCCCGGCCCCCGGCCCCCGGCGGGACCCCCCUCCGCCUGGCCUGCUGCGUCCUGCUCCUGGUGGCCGGCGCGGCCUCGGGCAGGUGCCCCGCGGGGCUGGCGAGCGGCGGGCGUGACCCCCUGCGGGCGCUGGAGGGGGCCAACUGCUCCUGGGCGCUGGAGCGACACACCCGCAGUUACAACCACCUGGAGGGCGACGUCAGGCUGCGGCGCCUGUACUCCGCCAACAAGUUCUUCCUGUGCAUCGACAAGACGGGGAAGGUGGACGGUACCCGCAAGAAGAACUACCCUGACAGUCUGAUGGAAAUCCGAUCUGUCAGCGUGGGAGUGGUCGCGAUCAAAGCUGUUAGCACUGGCAUGUACUUAGCUAUGACCAAGAAAGGCACGCUCUAUGGAUCGGUGAAGUACAACCCCAACUGCAAGUUCAAGGAGCGGAUCGAGGAAAACGGAUACAACACCUACGCCUCCCUGCGGUGGAAGCACAACGGGCGGCAGAUGUUUGUGUCGCUGAACGGGCGCGGGAAGCCCCGCAGAGGGCACAAGGCACGGCGCAGACACCCCUCGACCCACUUCCUGCCCAUGCUUCCCUCCUAGCCAGGCAGCCGCCCCCGUUUC